AUGCUAACACGAAAGCACUCGUCAAGAAGCAAACAGGAGAGAAUAAUAUACACGAGGGGUAAAAAAGUGAUAGAGGCCAAAGAAAAAGCGGUUCUAAGCACAAAGGUGGUGGGAAACCUGCAGAAGGUGGGAAACUGUCGGAGAGCAACCAGUGACAGCACAGGCCUGUGGGCGGACUCUCCCCUCGCAAUCAGGCCUCCUUGCUGCUUCGGGAAAGAGCAAGGGUCAGACGGGAAGGUUUCCCUUCCGGAGCAGAGACACCAGGCCUCACUCGAGGAGCUCCACUUGAAGCCGCGGUCAAUCUUGGGGACCAAGUCAACCAAGCUAAUUUCUCCUCUGUCACAGAGGUUGCUGCUGGGCUUCUCCAACCUCGGAGAAAUCCAACUCAUCCUCUUUGCUGUAUUUCUGUGCCUGUAUCUGAUCGUUCUCAGUGGGAACAUCACCAUUGUCACUGUCGUAUGCCUGGCUCGCAGCCUCCACGUAACUUUGUGCUUCUUCCUGGGGAUCCUUCCCAUCUCUGAGACAUGCUACACUCUGGUCAUCCUGCCCAAGAUGCCCAUAAAUCUGUUGUCCCCGCUCAGAACAACCUCGUUUGUCGACGGUGCCACCCGGAUGCUUUCCUUCUUUGGUUUUGCUGUCACUAAUUGCAUGCUGCUGGGGGUCAUGGGUUAUGACCACUAUGCUGCCAUCUGUCAUCCACUUCGGUACCCUAUCCUCAUGAGCUGGCAGAUAUGCAGACAGCUGGAAGCCACUUGUGCUGUGAUUGGCUUGUUCUCACUGAUAGGCUCCCUCUUAGUCUUUGAACUCCCUUUCUGUGGCCCCAAUAAGAUCAACCACUGCUUCUGUGACAUCUUGUCAGUUAUCCAACUUGCAUGUACUGAAACCUACAUCCAUGAGCUGAUUGUCUUCAUUGGUGGGGUUCCAACACUCAUGAUCCCCCUGACUUUCUUCUGCAUCUCGUAUGGCCUCAUUGUCCACACCAUCUUGAAGAUCCCAUCCCCUGACGGCAAGCAGAAAGCCCUCCCCACCUAUGCCUCCCACCUCACUGUGGUCGUCAUCCACUAUGGCCGUGCCUCCUCUGUCUACCUGCGGCCCUCAGCCAAGUUCUCAUCCAGCAAAGACAGGCUUGUGACAGUGGCCUACACAGUUGUGACUCCGCUGUUGAACCCCGUGGUGUAUAGCCUCAGAAACCAGGCUGUCAAGAUGGCCAUUUGGAAAGUGAUUGGCAGAAGAGAAUUUUAUCCUAAAGCUUUGUUUUUUUAA